CAAAAGAGUUCCCAAAUGGAAGUAAGGUAACGCCUCUCUUUGCUUCGGUGUUUCUGUGCUAAAAGGAUUAGAAGAAAGCUUUUGGGGUCAUAUGGCUCUCAUAGUCUCACACAUGGCUUCUCCUCCACUCUCCUUCACCCCAAAUUCACACUUUCAAUUUGUAAAUUUACCAAAAUGUCCUGGGCAGAACCCUGUAUUUUCACUUGUUUUGAGGACAAGGACCAUUUCUUCUUCUUCUAGCUCAAGCUUAAGAGCAGAGUCAUCACUUGGAGUUGGAGUUCGAGCUAUAAGGGAAGAAGUCGUCCAAUCCCCAAAUUCCGAGUCAACCCUCAAUUCUGAAACUACCCUUUCCUCCUCUUCUUCUUCUAAGCUCGUUCUCGUUGUUGGAGGAACUGGUGGCGUUGGGCAGUUGGUAGUGGCAUCAUUGCUCAAUAGAAACAUCAAGUCACGUCUAUUGCUGCGCGACCCUGAAAAAGCAGCAACUUUAUUUGGUGAACAAGAUGAACAAACAUUACAGAUAUGCAAAGGAGAUACUCGAAACCCUGAAGAUCUAGAUCCAACCUUUUUUGAGGGAGUCACACAUGUCAUUUGCUGUACAGGAACAACUGCUUUUCCAUCCAAACGGUGGGACGGAGAUAAUACUCCUGAAAGAGUAGAUUGGGAAGGUGUGAAAAAUCUUGUAUCUGCACUUCCUCCCUCAGUGAAAAGGGUUGUUCUUGUUUCAUCAAUAGGUGUAACCAAGUUCAAUGAACUCCCAUGGAGCAUUAUGAACCUCUUUGGUGUUCUCAAAUAUAAGAAGAUGGGAGAGGAUUUCCUUCUUAAUUCUGGUCUACCGUGUACAAUAAUCAGAGCCGGCAGAUUAACUGAUGGACCUUACACCUCUUAUGAUCUAAAUACUUUGCUCAAAGCUACAGCUGGGCAACGACGUGCAGUUCUUAUUGGUCAAGGAGAUAAAUUAGUCGGUGAGGUUAGCAGACUCAUUGUAGCUGAAGCUUGCAUACAAGCACUUGACAUUGAAUCCACUGAAGGGAAAAUUUAUGAAAUCAACUCGGUUGAGGGAGAAGGUCCAGGAGAUGAUCAGCAGAAAUGGCGAGAACUAUUUGAAACAGCAACCAAAUAGCCAAGCUCACUAUGUAAAUUGUAAAAAUAAGCUAGCUACUCCACAUGGUAAAUUUCAUGUAACAAGUAUUAUUGUCUAUAAACUGUAUAGAACUAUUACAUAUGUUACUUUUGUUAGGUAAAGUUAUUCGUACUCCACUUCUACGGCUUUUGUUAUUCAAAUCCAGGCACAGGUUCUACAGUGUUCUACUUCCAUGUCUACAUGUCAGACUUCCUUGGCUUUCUCAUUGUUAAUAACUUUGAAUUCAUUGUGUAAAUUGCUGUGUAUAAACAAUUUCUGUGUAUAAAGAUUUUGCCAAGCAAAAGCAUGAGCUUUGACAAA